GUGGGUGCGUUCCCGCAGCAACAGGGAAGAUGGCAGCUCUCACAUCUCUCACCCAGUUGUCAAGUGGGAACCCUAUGUAUGAGAACUUCUACAGACAGGUGGAUCCUGGGAACACAGGGAGAGUAGGACCAACAGAAGCUGCCUUGUUCUUAAAAAAGUCUGGACUCCCUGACAUUACAUUGGGAAAGAUUUGGGAUUUGGCUGAUCCCGAUGGCAAAGGCUAUCUGGACAAACAGGGGUUUUACGUAGCUCUGCGGCUGGUGGCCUGUGCUCAGGGUGGUCAGGAAGUCAGCCUGUCCAGCCUCAACCUCACAGUCCCUCCCCCCAAGUUUAAGGACACCAGUAGUCCGUCUCUAAGCAGCACAGUUCCAGCCUCCGCAGAAUUACACUGGGCUGUCAGGCCCGAGGAAAAGAGUAAAUUUGAUGGGAUUUUUGAAAGUUUGGCUCCGGUCAGUGGUCUCCUGUCAGGAGACAAGGUCAAACCAGUCCUAAUCAACUCCAAGCUACCUCUGGAUGUCCUUGGGAAGGUGUGGGACCUGAGUGACAUAGAUAAAGAUGGCCAUCUGGACAAAGAUGAAUUUGCAGUGGCCAUGCACCUGGUGUACCGCGCCCUGGAGAAGGAGCCUGUCCCUGCACUCCUCCCCUCUGCCCUCAUCCCUCCAUCUAAGAGGAAGAAGAGUCUGGGCUCAGUGGCCAGCUCUGUGCCUGGACUGCCUGCGAGCCCUCCACCCCCGAAAGAUUCACUGCGCUCCACACCCUCACACGGCAGCAUGAACUCACUCAAUAGCGCUGGCAGCCUGUCGCCCAAACACACACUGAAGUCUGGACAGCAUUCGGUGAACUGGGUGGUCCCAGUGUCAGACCGUGGUCGCUAUGAUGACAUCUUCCUGAAGACGGAUGCUGACCUGGAUGGUUUUGUCAGCGGACAGGAAGUAAAGGAGAUCUUCAUGCAGUCUGGACUUUCUCAGAACGUCCUUGCCCAUAUAUGGGCUCUGGCAGACACAAGGCAGAUAGGCAAGCUGACCAGGGAGCAGUUUGCCCUCGCUAUGCACCUCAUCCAGCAGAAAGUCAGCAAGGGCAUCGACCCUCCGCAGGCCCUGACUGCUGACAUGAUACCCCCUUCUGAGAGAGGCACCCCUGUACCAAGUAUGUCAGGAUACAUGACCCCAGUGGGAUCAGAGAUGGCCGCUCUGUCUGAGAUGAGACGGGACAGCUCAAGUUCAGUGGGUUCAGGGGAGUUCACUGGCAUCAAGGAGUUGGAUGACAUUAGCCAGGAAAUAACCCAGUUGCAGAGGGAGAAGUACACUCUUGAGCAGGACAUCAGGGAGACAGAGGAAGCCAUCAGACAUAAGAGUGCGGAGGUGCAGGAGAUGCAGAAUGACCUGGACAGAGAGACAGCUAGCCUGCAAGAGCUGGAGGCUCAGAAACAAGAUGCUCAGGAACGCCUGGAGGAGAUGGACCAACAGAAACAUAAAUUAGAAGACAUGCUGAAUGAAGUCCGAAUAAAGUGCCAGGAAGAAUCACAGAUGAUCUCAACCCUCCAGAGUCAGAUUCACUCCCAGGAGUCAGACUUGCAGAGCCAGGAGGAAGAACUAAGCCGGGCAAAGGCCGACCUGGGCCGGCUGCAGCAGGAGGAGAACCAGUUAGAGCAGAGCCUGGCUGCUGGGAAGAUCCAACUGGAGACCAUCAUCAAGUCUCUGAAGGCCACACAGGAUGAGAUAAACCAGGCUCGCAGUAAAUUAUCCCAGAUUCAGGACAGCCAACAGGAAGUCUCUAAAAGCAUUGAGCAAUACAACAGCACGCUGAAUGGAACCCAUGGAGGCAGUAUGACCAACCUGGCUGACAUGAGCGAGGGCUUCAGUGACAGAGAGAACGGAGGAUUCCCAGCCAUGAUGAGAACAGCACAGGAGGACCCAUUCAAAGUGAAGCCAUCAGUGUUCAACAAUCAGCCACAGGAGCUUCCCACUGACCCCUUCCACUCUGAAGACCCCUUCAUAACAGACCCAUUCAAAGGUGAUCCCUUCCAAAAUGACCCUUUUGCAAAGCAGCCAUCAGCGUCCACAGAUCCUUUUGGGGGAGACCCGUUCAAAGAGACAGAUCCAUUCAAAGCCUCAUCAGAAGAUUUCUUCAAGAAGACCACAAAGAUGGAUCCCUUCUCCACACCAGACCCUUUCAGUAAAAGUGCCACGUUACCUUCCAAGCCAGCCAGUCACUUCACAGCCAGUGAUCCAUUCUCUUCAAGUAACCCAAAACCCAGAGGACCAGACCUGUUUGGCACAUUGGACCCAUUUGGCAGCAGUUCGUUCAGCAGCAGCAGCAACAGCUCCGCUGGAUUUGCAGACUUCAGCCACAUGUCGAAGCCCAGAGACCCCUUUGAAGGCAGGGCCAGCUGGCUGCCAGACUACCAGAAGUCAGUGUUUGUGGAUGACCCGUUCAGCAGGAAGAAUGACACACCAGCUCUGCCACCCAAGAAAAGUGUUCCCCCAAGACCCAAGCCGCCCAGUGGUAAGAGCACACCAGUGAGCAUGUCUGGCACAGCUGACCCUUCCAAACCAUGUGACCCCUUCCAGCCGUUUGGCAGUGACGCCAUCGAUCCGUUUCAGAGUAAAAAGGGCCUGGGAGACCCGUUCAGCGGCAAAGACCCUUUUGCCCCGUCCUCAUCAUCAAGUAAAGCCCCUAAAGACUCUACCUCGGGUUUUGCAGACUUCAGUUCUUUUGGGAACGAGGCUCAGCAGCUGGAGUGGGCUAAGCGGGAGAGUGAGCGAGCAGAGCGCGAGCGGCUGAAGAGGCUCAGGCAGCAGGAGCAGGAAGACCUGGAGCUGGCCAUCGCCCUCAGCAAGGCCGAGAUGUCCAACGCAUGACCUGGAACCCCCACCACACAGAAACACACACAGACACACACACACACACACACACACAAAGAGUGCAUAGAAUGGCUAACGUGCACACAAACAUGACUGACAUCUACAUGACCGACACCUGCACCUCCACUAUUUACAUUCCCCCCCAACUCUCAGUGACUCAAUGAAUGGAGCAGAAAGAUAGAGAAGGGACUUCAGUCUGUUCUCUGGCCCUGCAUUAAAAAAAAAACAAGACAGCAAAAAUUUUGGGGGGCAGAGAACUCAUCACUACAAAACAUGAAGAGACAGAGAACUGAAGACUGAAGGAGGCAAGAAGGGCUUGAUGGGAACAAACGGAUGCACUGUGUAAAUGCACUAUAGUGGCUGGACAGUGACGUGAUGAACUGAGCAGACUAGCUGACCGAUCACCUCGACAGUUUGCGUUUCAGGGUGUUGUUUUUCUUCCGCCUUCACUCACACUGAUAGAAAUGGGUAAUACUGGCAAGCUAACAAAACUGUUGCUAUCAGAGGCCAAAGAGUAAAUCCAUACUGUUUGUCCUCCACUGUAACAAGCAGCAGUGAAGAAAAAUAACUCCACAAUUCAAACUGCCAAGGAUUUUCUCUUUUUUUCCUGAUGAACAGGUGUUGACAUGGAGAUAUCACCGGGCUACUGAUAUAAACUGUGUCCUUUAGUAUUCAGUGUUGAGUUGUUUUGCUGGUAGAGGAAGCUACAGAAUGAGGUGAUACUGAAGUAUUUGUUAUAUAGAGAAGACUGGAGUUGGAUUUUCACUCUUCAGGAUUGAAAUUUUCAGUUCAAUUCAAUUUGUUCUCCCUUUUUUUUUUUCCUGCCCCCCCCCCCCCCCUCCCCUCAGGAAAUACUGUCACUAAUCCAGGCUCAGGUGAGAAGUGAGAGGGUUGAUAUUAGUUGAGUUGUUUUCACUUCUGCUGCCUGGCUGACUGUUUCCCACUGCUUGGUGCAAAGAUAGGCUAAACUCUGUACUGGAUGUACAGAAAUGAAACUGUUAUUGAUUUUCUCAUCUGACUCUCAGUGAGAUGAAGCACAUUUCCCCAAAUAUUAAGUGUUCUUUUUAAUUUCAGACCACUCCAGUAGGGGCCGUAGGGGCCUGCUUUUUUUUUUUUUUUUUGCCCUGAGAAGCUCCUAGCAGGUCCGUCUGGGCCCUGGUCCAGGGUGUCUGUUUUUCUCCUUCAGGUUUGAGAUAGUCAUCCCAGGAGAGACACUCCCCUCCUCCUGGCUCGUUGCCUCCUCGGGUCUGAUGAAUAAAACUUUUAAUCAACUUUAUUCGGAUGUGUUAACAUUUCACUCUUGUCCCACUGUGGGAGGAAAGAAAAAAAGCAACUGCUCUUCAGCGGUUGUAAUGGGGGAAAAACAAAAUGGAUGAAUAUUCUUUACACUGGUUCCCUCUAAUGUGACGGGUACCUGGCAAAUGAAAAGAUGUUUCAGAUGUCAGCAUAUCCUUUGGAGUGACGGUAACAAAUUGUACAGAUAUAUUUUCUUUGUCCACAAGUGUGAGAUUGUUGAGUUUUCUGUGAUGACCUCCGGUACUCACUCACUCACUCACUCACUCUCUCUCUCUCUCUCCAGCUGUCCAGGUGUAUAUAGAUAAACAGAGCUAACUAUGCCUCUUCUCUACAGCUGUACUCUGAUCCCGAUGCUGUGAUGUCACACCACAUCCAACAAAUGAAAGGCAAGAUGAGGGAAUUAUUUUUUCUACAUUUGGCCUUGUUUUCUUUUUAGAGAGCAAGGAUUUUAACACGGUUUUUAUUUCAUAAGGUGGUUAUUAUUCUUAUUGUUGUUAUUAUUUCAACAUGUUUUUGUUUUAAAAACGACAUCGGAUUUCAUGUAGUUGUCUUGCGUUGUCAUUUGUAGCUCCGUUUAGUCACUUCCAGUGCUGUACAGACCAGCAGGCUCCGGCUGCAGAGCAUGUGUGUGUGUGUGGAAAGCUUUGGAACUUGCUGAAAUCAGGUGUCAUUCGGCUGGAAACUGGAAAUCUGUGAAAAAGUGCUAUUUCUGAUGUGUCAUAGUUUGAUGUUCCCACACGGACGUAACCACUCACCUUGUUUUUUCUGUGAGUUGUCCCUUUACUUGAAGUGCUGACUGAUGUUUGAGUGAGACAGACCGUACUCGAUUCGGAGGUCUCUGAAACAAAACAUUCUUCUGUUUCACUCAGAGCCCCCUCUGUGGUACUUUCAAAUGUCAUGUUGUGUUUUAUAUAUGAGUCUGUAUCCUGUGUGUGUCCAUGACCAAGUCACACACUUAAUCAGUGUUUUGCUUGCUGUGUAUGCCCUGCAGUCAGAUUCGGCUCAGAGCACACGUCCUCCUAAAACAUUAGAUGAGGAAUUUGAGUCAAUGAGUCGUUACCAUAACUUGUAGUCAUGGGGACAAAGUCUAACAUUACUGAUACCACUAGCAGUCCUUUGGUCUCAGGACCAUCAUAUGAUGCGGAUGUAGUGCUGGAUGUUUUCUGAAGGACCUUGAUUUGAACAUUCAAACUCCUUUCAACAGCUUCUUAGGCAGAAAGCUACAGAGGAACCAGAGAGGGGAUUUUGUUCAAUCAAAGAUGGUGCAGGAUUUCUUCAUUCACCAUCAGCAGUCUGCUGGACUCGAGUGCACUCACAGUGUGCCACUGCUGGCUGAAAAUACAGAAAUUAGAUUACUGUUUUAAUCAGUAGUCAUUCUGUAAUCUAGGAGUGCCCGGCUGCUGAGCAAAUUCCUGUUUGUGAGGCUGGAAUCGUGUGUCAUGAUUUGAUUUGGCAUCAUUUGUAGUAAACCUCUGUUGCAGUGAAUCAGGGUUUUUUUUUGUUUUUUUUUUAUUCUGCACCAGUCUGAUCAGAUUUAUUCUGCCUUAGAUGCUUCUAAAUUGUUUGCCCAGUGUAACACAUUUUCAUCAUUUACCUAUAUGUCUAGGUUCCAUCAGUCAUCCACCCAGGACUGUGAUACUGUAAUGUGAUGGUCCUGGAUCAGGGCUAGGUCUCUGUAAAAUGCUAACAAGCUGUAUCUUUGGUAUCAUGAACAAAAUCCUUGUUAAUCCUAUAAUUAGAAAAAUAGUUUGUAACUACUGAGAUGGUAUGUCUCUGGCCUGGGUCGCAGCAGCCUCUGAAAGAAGGCUUUGCACUGACUGAUACAACAAGAAGACCACAGGUUAUUCAGUUAUAUUUGCUUCUCCAGUCAACACAUUGAAAAAGUUGAUGGUACUGAGGAGGUCAAUGGAGAUUUUACACGUGUGUAACUGCUUCUCUAAAUGAUCAUAAUGUGAAUUCACCCAGACUGGACAGAAGUGCUCGACUUAAAAGUUGAUGUCCGGUCACUGAUUCUGCCAGAUAGAAAUGGAAACUGCCUCUCCCUGCCAUUUUUUAUUUUAUUUUUUUUUGUCCUGUUUACAUAUCAUGUAUAUUUUCUUUGCUGUAGCUGUUACAAACUGUGUUCCUGUAGGAGAAGAGUGUCCCUGGUACACAGUGAGCUUCUCCCUCUAAGCUGCACACGGCAUAACACCUUCUGAGGAGCUUCCAUCCACUGCUGAGUCGGCAAACACAUUUUUGCGUUACAGCAUCUUUGCUGUGCUUCUCACACGCUGCUGUGAAAAUGUUACUAAAAGAGGAACUGUAUUAUUAUAUCAUCUGUUUUCAUUCUACAUUGAAGCCAAAUCCAUAGUUCAACUGGGACACUUUGGUUGUCAUCUGGAACUUUUAUUCUGAAAUCUCUUUAACUUUCAGCAAAAUUUGCCAAAGUUCUGAUGAUUAAAUGUUUGAACAAAUGUAAACAUGGAAUAAGGAACGAUGUGAUCAAAGAGCAAGUUACAUUAUCAAUCUGACCACAUAUUUGAUGCCAACUUUUGUUACUUGAUUGUUUUCAGCAUGUAUUCGUACUUGAUACUCAGCCCCAGUGAGAACUGUGACCCUCCAUCUGUCCUACAUGCGUCUCUGUCCUCCUCCCUCUGUCCUCAGCUUCUCCGCUGUGUGCUGCUUAGACUAGUGAGUUCCACACUGGUACCAUCAUUCAUACUGUAUUUGUCAUCUGAUACCUCCAUUGUGCAAUAGAUGUUUAUUUUUAUUGUUGUUUUGUGUAACCUGUGAAACCAGUCGGAUGUUUUUGAUAUGUAGUGUGUGUUUUAAACAUGUUUAUUUAUG